GUUUCCGGGCGCGAAUAAAAACAAGAUUUUUCUAUGCAUCUACAAGAUAAAAUCUUUCCACUUAGGUGUAAUUAUAAUACUUCCGGUAACAGGGGUUCCACUCAUUGAAGAAUCUAGUUAUUGAAAGAAAUGGCAGCAGCAGAGACAGAAACUUGUGGAAAUAGUAAAUUUCUACCAUUGGCUUGUCCACAGCCUGGUGUAACAUAUCCAAUACAAAUUUCUUAUUGUGGAGAAUGCAGUAUGCCAUUAGAAUAUUGUGAAUACUAUCCAAAUUAUGAAAAAUGCAAGAAAUGGUUGGAGAAAAAUCUGCCAGAAGAAUUUGAAAGACUCAUGAGUAUAAAAGAUGAUGAGGAAGGUGGAGAGGGUGAUGCAGAGAAAAAAAGACAAAAAAGAGGAGGGAAAGGACAAAUGAAAGCAAAGAAAAAAACAGAACCACAGGGUGUUCGAAUAGGCACAGCAAAGAGAGGAAAGAAGAAAAUGGUUACAAUUGUUAUGGGUUUAGCUACUUAUGAUAUAGAUUUGAAAGAUGCCAGUAAAGCUUUUUCUAAAAAGUUUUCAUGUGGGUCAUCAAUACAAGGAGAAGAUGAAAUAGAAAUACAAGGAGAUGUUAAAGAUGAUUUAUUUGACUUCCUUCCUGAGAAAUGGCCCCAGAUUGAUGAAGAUAGUAUAGAUGAUAUUGGUGACCUUAAAAAGUGAUGAGAACAGUUAAUAUAACUAUUAAAAUAUUAAAAUGUUAAUUUACACUA